AAAAAGCCUAUUUCACAAAUAUGAAUGCAUUCUUUUUAUUCUUGCAUGUUGUAAAGUACUUUUUGUAUAAUUAUCAAGACAGAAGUAUAUAGUCUUGAAGAAGUAUAUCAGUCCAAUGCACACACUCUUACCAAACCACCUCACCAAAUUUUCAACUUUCUUUGCCAAACGUCUAACUAGAGAAUCUUCCCAAACCUCUCUUUUUAUUCGAUUCUCCGGGACAAGAAAAAAAUAAACAUAUAACAACUCUGAGCAUGACGGAGAAAACUCACCGUGUAAAGGCUCUCGUGGUCACUAUAUUCACGGCGAUGGCGUUUCUGACGUUUCCUAUGAUCGUAAACGCCUCAGAUCAUUCUUCAACCAAUAGAAAACUCGAAGAGGAUCCUAUUAAAUGCACACCUUGUCUCCAAAACAUUCCUCCUCCCUCACCUCCACCACCAUCGCCUCCACCGCCGUCCCUGGCCUGUCCUCCUCCGCCACGUCCACCUUCGCCGCCGAAGAAGUCUUACUGCCCGCCACCUCCGUCUACUUACAUAUACAUGACGGGUCCACCCGGUGAGUUGUAUCCCGUUGAUCAGCAAUUUGGAGCGGCUGCUGGUAAAAGCUUCACGGUGGUGAAGAUCUCGGGACUGAUCGCAUUUGGAGUUAUGAGUUUCUUGAUGAGGAUGAACUAAUAAUGAUGUUUCGUUGUUCAGAUAAACUCUUAAUUAAUUAUUAUCCAAGAAAUAUUAUCGAUUGUGCAUUAAUUUAUCAUUUAUGUUAGGAUCAAUUAUGUUUCACCAUAUUUCGUUGUACCAAAAUUUAUAAUGAAACUUGAUUAUAUAAUAUGACUAAUUUAAAUUUAUUUU